CACACACACACAUGCAUAGACACACGCACACACACGUAGAGAGAGGAAAGGGCACGGCGCAGACAGGGCAGGACAGAUCGAUGGUUGGCAGGCACGGGCGCACACCCUGACGACUGGACGGAUGGAUAGAUGGAUGGGCGCAUGGGUUUCCGCGAGGGUGUGGGUUCUGUUUCUUUCUUCCUUUCUGUUUGUCAAUGAGCGAUGGAUCGAUUGGUGUGAUCGAGAACAGACAUCUACAUGAUGAUAUGGCUGACCGACCGACCGACUGCGUGUGGCUUGCGUGAUUGGUAGUAUGGGGCGUGCAGCAAUGCUGCGUGCACUCGUCGCCUCCUCCUUAUGCUAUCCUGCGCUUCAACCUGAAUGGCUGGCUGCUGGUUUCUUUUGCCUGAAUGCAUGAGUGAACGUGUCUGCAUAGCAUAGCACAUAUUAUCCCACAGCCGAGCAUUAUUCUGUUUGUGAACGAUGAGUGUGUGAGUGCAUGAUUGAUGAGAUAGAUGUGCGUGUGUGGGUGUUUAUGUGUUCUGUGUGCCUGGGUGCCUGCGGUGCGUGUCCGAGCAGAGAGCAAUGCAAUGGGGACGCCCAGCGACUGAUCCGUACAUACCAUGGACCGAUCCCGCGAAAGAACCAUCAACAUCACAUGAUAGCAUCAUGGUGGGGGGCUCACUGCAACCACAGCACUCCUCUGUAAUGAAUCAAAUCAUCCCUCCGCAAUUCCUCCAGCAAAUCUGCGAUCUCGGCCUCUUGUGCAGCUCUGGGGUGUCUGUGCUGUCUGUUGUCAAUGCUGCUGUGGCUGGUUGCUCUCCAUCGAAUCGCCUCUCUUGCAGAUCUCGCCGAUUCGUCCCAUCCUGCUGACAAGAGGAGCACAUUCUUGACUCCUCGGCUGCAGCCUGACCUCGUGAGGCGGCAUCACACUCAACACGUGACGACUCGCUCGGCAUGGGUAAGCAGGGUGGGAGUGAGUGGACAGCCUUCCCACACACAGAUGAAUGAAUGAGUGCGUGAGUGUCUGUGUGCUGUGUCGGUUUGCCCAGGGGCGGCGCAGGCGGGCGAUGCCGUUUGCAAAGGAGGCUUCUCUCAUCGAGGCUGAGGCCGGUAAGACCGAUAAACACGAAACGCAUCUCUGUCUGUCUGUCAGUCUGUCGUUUCCUUUCUCUGCGUGUGGGUUGGCCGUGGUGUCUGCAGGGAUUGUGGCGCCUUUGCGCGAGUUUGAUGAGGCCGGUCAGAGGGACGACGAGCUCCUCUUAAAUCACUCCUACGCGGAGUUCCGGGCAGCGAAGCAGCGGCUCGAAGCUGCCAAAGACGCGCUGGCGGAGCGACUCGCUGCAAUGAACGGUAUGUGUGCACACGAUGGAUGGAUGGAUUGAUGAAUGGAUGGGUCCAGAUACUCUGUGUUGGCAACUGGUGGAGCUCUACUGGGCGUCCGCUUUGCUUCUGAGGGCCGGGAAACGCGAGCUCGAGGAUAACGCUGGAAAAGCAGCAGUUGUCGGGAAGCUUCUCUCGCGAGUCUUCGGCAGAACGCUCUCGCGAGUUGUGGAGGCCGUCUGGGGGGAAAAGGCCAUCGCAGCGCGCAUCAGCGGCUUACGAGCGGAGGCCGAGAGGUACGAUCGCCGAAUGGACUUGAUUAUCGAGGAUCUCGCCAAACGGCAGCAGGAAAACGACCUGAACGGUCGGUCGGCCGGCCAGCCAGGAGACUGAAGCACAUGUGGGCAUUAAUGUAAUGCAGGCACCGCCACCCUUGCGAUGCUCGAGCAAGCGGAGAGGGAGUUCUGCGCGACAAUGGCUAUGGUACAAACCCAUCCCGACAAGUAUCGACCGAGAAAGGGAGACGAUCCCUGGGGCGUCACGCGCCAGGCCUUUUCCAAGUUCAGCCGCCAAAAUGCGUGGCACAGCAUCUACUACAUACGCCGACGUGCGCCCAAUGCCCGUAGGUGCAGUGCACAUAUGUGCUGUCUGCUGAUCUGAUCUGCCUGUGCGUUCUCCCUCCUUGAUGCAUUGAUUCAUUGUCACUGUGCAAUCAGCGCUGCCGCUGCUGAUGAAACAGAAGGAGAGGGCCCGCGAGAUGAAGGAAUGGACGGAGAGAAGGGGGGCACCGUGGGGAACUAGCGAGGAUACGCAGGAAGUCCUGGAGCUGUACGAGCAGCAGCUGAAGGAGGCUGACGAGCGCAUCAAGGAGAGGCUCGAGGCAAUUGGAGUGGCGGAGCCGGCCAUCGACACACAGCGCACCGCAGCGAGCAAUAAGACCUCAAACAGGACGACCGAUGAGUUGCUGUGACUGGCCUAUGAGUCAGAGGACGGGCAGGCAGGCCGUGUGUCAAUCAGGUUUUUCCGUCGUAAAGGUUGUGUGUGCGUGUGCGUGCAGUGUCUCCGACAGGCAGGCAGGAAGUCAAGCACAUACACACCACAAGAUAGCUAGCUAGGACGUCUCCGCGUGUCUUUUCAGUGAGGGAGCCAUGCAUGGCGGUGGCCGCUCAGUCGGACAAGCAUGGCCGACAAGAGGGAUGUUGCGUCUGUGGGAUGAGGAAAGGGGGACGGGGCGGUGGCGACUCGGAGUGCAUAUCCGUGACUGCACACAUGAAUUACCUGGCGCAUGC